AUGAUCAGCGACGGACAUCUGGGUAUCCUUGGGUUGGGGCAUAUCGGCCGACCCCCUUGCGAUGCCAGCGACCCUCGGAUCUCCCGUGUCCUCGCGUCCUCAGGCCGGCAGCCUGCGAAACUGAGUUUCUGGGGCUCCAUGGGUCCGAAUAUUUUGUCCGGGGUAGAAGCCGAGCAACGCCAUCUUGACUCUGGACUCCCCGGGACCUCAUCCGUUCCGCUGGGACUACUCCGACCAAGACUCCGUCGGAUCGGAUGUUCCCCAGUCGAUCGGAAACAUGAGUAUUACACGUUGGCGCCUGCAAUCGCCGUGGUUGUUUUUGCGGGCUGGCCCCGAGCCGGCUUGAUGCAGUGCCAGCCGCCAGAACAGACGACACCGCAAGUAGACAGCUCAACGUGGACGGCACAUCCCGACGGUGAUGACCUGGGCAACCCGAACAACCAUAGCCCUAUUGCUGGGCCUCUCUCAUUCCAACUCUCGCGUGGAAUGCCAAGCGCGGGCUGCAAGGCGGCCCUCUCAAUGCACCUCUCGGUCGCGUCAUGCCAAGCGCGGACUGCAUGCGCGGGCUCCAAAGACCCAACGAACGCCAAUUGCCAAGAACCGGCCCCUAUCAUCCAUGGCUCAUGGCUGAUAGGCUCAUGGCCCAUUGCCCGUUACCCAUUGCCUUCCGAGACGACGAGACGACUGGUCCUCUUGGCGCCGGCAAAUCCAGACCAGCAAACGGUGCUGGAUGUGUUCCUCCUGCCGAGCAUAAAUUAA